AUGCGCGAAUGGAUUCGAGAAGAGCUUAAUGCUACCUUUACAAAAGAGCUGCGUAUACAAUUGAACAAUCAACCGGCCGAGACAACUAUGGAAGAAACUAAAACUAUCUUCUCGCGGAAAUUCGCAGCCUCAGAAAAAACGCUCAGUGAGAAACUACAGAAAGAGUUACUCUAUAAUGGAGUUGCGAAUGCUGUUCGGGAACGAUCCGAAACUUUUCUCAAGGGUCAAAUUAGCAGUAUCUUGCAUGCUUGGACAGUGUCGGCUUUAAUGAAUAAUGAACGCCAGCGACUAAACAAACUGGUGAAAGAAGAUACAGAUGAGUUUCAUAAACGUAUUCAAGCGACCAUUGAGGCUAUAAGGAAAAAGGAGUGGGAUAAACUAAAAACCCUCGUACCGAAAAUCGAUGAUCAAUUUCUUAAUGCCAUUAAACAGAAUAUUAUAAAUACUAGUCGACUGAGUGCAGACCACGCUGGAAGUAUAUUCGACAAAAUAUGGGAUGAAGCUUACCCUCUUACCGCAGCAGGAUUCGAUCACAAGAAACAAGCUAACUUAUGUUUAGGUUUUGUCUAUAAAAAUUACCACAUGUAUGAAAAGUCACAUCUUCCAGAUAUGUGGGAUUUGAUACCAUUACUCUGUUGCAUUCCACAAUCGGUAGAAGCACAGAAUGAUAAUGAUAUGCAAAUAUUUGAGAAAAUACAGAAUGAAUGUAUUCUAAUGAUGUCUGAUCAUCGUCCUUUUGAAGAAAUUCCAUUUAAAUAUGAUAACACAGCUGUAUACACACGAAGGACAAUCGAAGAUCUCAAAUAUGUUGACGCCGAUACACUCCUUAUGGCAUGCAAUACAUAUCACCAAAAUAGAAUGACGGAAAUAUGGUCGAGAGAAUUCCAUUUACAUUUGAGACAAUUUAUUCUCAACAAGAUUUCUACAAAGUCUUCACACUGCGCACAGUCUGGUAUUGGGAAGGAACUAUUGCCCGUUAGAAAGAGUUUGGAU